GUUGCGGUUUUUCCUCCGCCCUCCCAGGGCUGCAACGGGUUGAUUGUGGAAGUUUUUCGGAAGGUAAGUAAGCUUUGUUGGUGACGGUAGCGUUCCCACCCCCUCUCCCAGCUCACUGCUUUUCGUUACCCUGUUACCUACAGCUGGGGCUGUUGAUUGAGUACGGCUGACGUUGUUAGUUCUUUGUUUUAUCAGUUUAUACCUGGUGACGGCAGCGUGUUCGCUCCCUCUCCCAGUGUGACUAAGUUAAUUUACCAAAGUGUAAUAGACGGCUAACAUUGUUAGCUCCUCUUGGUUUACCAGUUUAUACCUGGUGAAGGUAGCGUGUCCGCCCUCUCCCAGUGCGACCAACCUCAUUUACCGAAGUUGUGUACGGCUAAUGUUGUUAGCCCAUUUCGGUUUACCAGUUUAUACUUGGUGACGGUAGCGUGUUCGCCCCCUCUUCCAGUGUUUUCAUUUAAUUAGGUUGAGCCUUGUCGACCUUAACCAUGGAAGGCUUCCACAGCUGCAGGGAUUGUGGGGCUGCCCUCCAGGCAGAGGAUGGCCACGACUUGUGCCCUACCUGCCUUGGACAUGAGCACCUUGUGGAGGCGUUGUCUGAGAACCCGUGCAUUAAUUGCAGUUUUAUGCCACAUGCAGUGAGGGUGGCCCGGUUGACACAGUUGUGCCCCCAGGAGGGUUCUGACCUUCCGCCCUCUGGACAGGUGGAUCCCCCCCAGGCGUUCUAAGCGCCGUGGUGGGACCGCGGUCUCAGCACCCCCCCGGAGGAGACGGGCCAAACUUGACCAGGGCCUGUGGUCUCUGAGUUGGCAGAGAUGAAGUCUUUCUUGCAGACACAUCGGUCUGAUGCCUCUCUUCCAGUGGCAGGGCUCUCCUCCCCACCCAUGCCUGAACUAGUUGCGGAGGAGGACGUCAUAUCUCUGGCUGCCUCUGCUUCUCAUUUCUUGGGGAGGCCAGUGACAGUUCCAUGCGGGAUGUCAUGUCCAUGGCCCUGAAGCAGCUGCAGCUUGAACUCCCACAAGGAGAUGUGUCCGACUCCAGGAGUGCCUUUUUCAGGUGCGGACGGGCCCCUACUCCAUUUUCGGUACCUCCAUCAGAGGAGUACCUUAAGGAGUUGCACGCUUGUUGGCGGGACCCGAGAGCGUUAUCAUGGCUCUCCUCAGACGUUCGGGUGUUGGCUGCCAUGCACGAGUCGGUGAAAGCCGGCCUGGACCGUAUGUCAGCAGUUGAACCAGCUGUUGCUUCACUGAUUGUGUCGCCAGAUGAGGCCCUGCGUCCUGAGGUCAGGUUCCCGCGGACACAAAGUCGGGUUACGGAUGACCUCCUGUGUAAGGCAUACAAUGCAGGAGCGCGUGCGGGCCGUCUUGGCAACUCCCUGGCACUAGACCAAGAGCUUUCCGCCCUCCUAGCCAAGGGAGCAAUCGAGGCUGUGGAUCCUCUGCUGCAACCCAGAGGCUACUAUUCCACGUACUUCCUCGUGGCAAAAAAGACUGGCGGUUUUCACCCCAUUCUAGAUCUAAGGGGACUCAAUCAGUACCUGAAAGUCCUUCCAUUCCACAUGCUCACCACUGCAGAGAUCCUUCAGACUGUCGUGGCAGGUGAUUGGUUUAAGUCAGGAGAUCUGACAGACGCCUACUUUCAUGUACCUAUUGCGGCAGAACAUCGCCGCUUUCUCAGGUUUGCUUAUCAGGGUCGCCAUUGGCAAUUCCGGAUGCUCCCAUUUGGGCUCUCCCUUUCCCUGAGGGUGUUUACUCGUUGUGUGAAAGCGGCCCUCUCUCCUCUGCGGGCCUCCGGAGUCAGGAUUCUGCCAUACCUGGACGACUGGCUUCUCUGUGCUCCCACUCAGGUAGCUGCCUCUCGGGAUACGUCCCGGCUUCUUCUUCAGGUGUCACGGUUGGGCCUCAAAGUCAACCUUGCAAAGAGUUGUCUGGUUCCAUCUCAGACAACCACCUUUCUUGGGAUGCAUCUGGACUCCACUACCAUGAAGGCCCGUCCGUCUGUUCACAGGGUGGACGACAUCGGCCACUCAUGUCGUGCCCAUGGGUUAGUGGUGUCUCGAAGGGGAGUGGUCACCAUGGAUGCCAGCUACAAGGGCUGGGGCGCCGUGUGGCAACACAGAGCGAUUUGGGGUCUCUGGGGUCCAAGGGAGCGCACAGAGCACAUAAACGUGCUGGAGCUGCGGGUUGUGCACAUAGCCCUCAGGUUACGCCCGCUGCCGGCUCCACGAGUGCCCGAUUGGGACCUACCAUUGGUUCCUCCAUUGGAGCCUUUGGCACAAGCGGACCUCAAGUGGCUUUCUUGCAAGACCGCUUUUCUGCUGGCUAUCGUCUCAGCUAAGAGAGGCAGCUACCCUCUUUCCAAGCAGCGUCUGUCCCAUUGGAUAGUGAGCGCCAUCUGCCACGCCUACGCUGUAGGUCGCCGCUCCCUGCGAGUCAGGAAUCCUUGCUUCUGCGAGAAGAUUCUGUAA